AAAUAGAAACAACAGGCCUUUUAUUUUACUUCUGCAAGGAUUUUACAGUUUAACAUUUAAACUUGGUAGAUCUAGCUAGUGAUAUGAUAUUAGCUCUUGCAAUUGGAUGCUGUAUUUUUGCUGGAGACUAAUAUUUACCUAAUCCUCAAGCUCAAGCGCAAGCUGACACUGACUGCACUCACAGACUGCAUUGACUGCACUGCACCGGCUGUGAUGGGACCAGCUCUGCAACUGGGCAUUGAAGCAAUCAGGCAUGUGUCUGUACCAUCACUACUACUGCUGGCCUUAGCCCUUCGUUUUGUACUGACUAUCUUUACAACGCUGAAUGUACAAUUGAACUACGAUGAUUUGCCCAUUGACCCUCCGGUGCACGUGCACAUUGAGCUGGUUGACAUUGACAUUGUCAGUAUUGGUUUUUUGUUGUUUGCUGUACAUGGUGUAGCAACUAUCGACACUCUGCUCUGCUUGUGGGAUUACCUAGCAAAGAGGGAAAAACGUCAAAAGAUUCGAGAUUGGGUAAUCUGGCGAAAUGGAUGCUUCAUUCUUGCAGCUACGGCUGUGUGUAGUUUUUCUGCUCUGAUAAUGUUUGUUUUUGUGAGAUCAAAGUGGACCAGUAACCUGUGCAUGGUCAUUCAAGUUCUCCACCUGUUCCCCACUCUGUCAGUGGUCUCUCAAGCUCUAAUGAAUGGAAUCUUGAUUUGCCUGACGCCAGUCCUAAAGACUGAUCAGAUGUUAACCCAUCCCAGCUACAACAAAGCAGUUACAGCUCACAAAGUAUCAAAUAGAAUCGUCGUGGUUUAUGCUGUUCUUAAUGCAGCAGCAGCAAUAGCUGUCCCUGAGCCACAGAACUAUUUUAUUAUACUCAUUCCAUGUUGUGUGCUGUUGGAGUUGCUUUGUCGAUUUGUAUUGCUAUAUAAACUCGAAAAAAUUCUCCAGAACGCAAUUUCUACCCAAGCCGAGUUAGCUGAAAAUGAGAAUCAUCCUGCUCAGCUAGUCGAAGCAAAUUGUAUUCGAGUCAAGCAAGUAAACAAUGAAAACAUUGCAACUAACCAUGCGAACAGAGGGAUUACUGUCACAAACCAUCAAGCGAUUGCUCUUAAAACUCAGUCGUUGAAAUCACGUCGAAAUGAACAACGUUUGGAGUUAUCAGAGAAGGAUGUCUUUAAGGAAGAAAAUUCUGAUAGUGAUGGAUCAAGCAUUAGUUCAUAUGAAGGUAGUGAUGAACAUUUCCCACUAUCAACCAAGCAUUCUGAAAUACCUGAUUCUAAACAGAGUAUGAAACAGGUUGACUUGGAGUUGUAUAAUAGAUCGAAACGGCUUCACACUGAUGUGAGCACAAUCAGGAUGUUUAAUAAGCAAGCUGAAGUGUCUGAACGAUGACAGCAUGAUUGUACACUGAGUGAACUCUUGCUCUUCUGUUAAAAUUAUUUAGCAAACUAAUUAGCACUAGGCCUUGGCGGAUUUUACUCAAUCUUUUCUUUCAUAAUUAUUUUUCCUCAAUUACGCUAUUUUAUAAUAUAUGUAGUCUAUAUAUGUUGCAGAUCUAUGACAAAAAUUAUGUUAUUGUUCACUCUCUAA